AUGUCUUACCAAACCACCAUCAAGAAUCAAACCAGCCACCGAGGCUACAGUGCCAGCUCAGCCAGAGUGCCUGGGCUCAACCGCUCUGGUUUCAGCAGUGUGUCUGUUUACUGCUCCCGGGGCAGCGGUGGCUCCGGUGCAGUGUGUGGACAAGGUGGCUCUGGCAGCAGGAGCCUCUCUGGUGUGGGGAGCUCCAAGAGGAUCUCCAUCGGAGGGGGCAGCUGUGGCAUUGGAGGAGGCUAUGGCAGCCGAUUUGGAGGAGGCUUCGGCUAUGGAGGAGGAGCAGGAGGUAGAUUUCACUUCGGAGGUGGAGCUGGCUUUGGUGGUGGCUAUGGGGGAGCUGGCUUCCCUGUGUGCCCACCUGGAGGCAUCCAAGAAGUCACCAUCAACCAAAGCCUCCUCACUCCUCUGAACCUGCAAAUCGACCCCACCAUCCAGCGGGUCAGGACUGAGGAAAGGGAGCAGAUCAAGACCCUCAACAACAAGUUUGCCUCCUUCAUCAACAAGGUGCAGUUCCUGGAACAGCAGAACAAGGUCCUGGAAACCAAGUGGGCCCUGCUGCAGGAGCAGGGCACCAAGACUGUGAGGCAGAGCCUGGAGUCUAUAUUUGAGCAGUACAUCAGCAAGCUCCAGAGACAGCUGGAUAGCAUUCUUGGGGAGAGGGGCUGCCUGGACUCAGAGCUGAGGAACAUGCAGGACACUGUGGAGAACUACAAGAGCAAAUACAAAGAUGAAGUCCACAGGCACACAGCAGCUGAGAAUGAAUUUGUCACCCUGAAGAAGGAUGUAGACACUGCCUACAUGAACAAUGUUGAACUGCAAGCCAAGGCAGGCAGUCUUACAGAUGAGGUCAACUUCCUGAAAAUUAUUUAUGAUGCAGAACUGUCUCAGAUGCAAACUCACAUCUCAGACACAUCUGUGGUCCUCUCCAUGGACAACAACCGCAGCCUGGACCUGAAUAGCAUCAUUGCUGAGGUCAAGGCCCAGUAUGAGGACAUUGCUCAGAGAAGUCGGGCUGAGGCUGAGUCCUGGUACCAGACUAAAUAUAAGGAGCUGCAGGUCACAGCUGGAAGACAUGGGGACAACCUGCGCAACACCAAGCAGGAGAUCGCUGAGAUCAACCGCAUGAUCCAGAGGCUGAGAUCUGAGAUUGAUCACGUUAAGAAGCAGAAUGUGAAGCUGGAAGAUGCCAUUGCUGACGAUGAGCAGCGUGGGGAGAUGGCCCUGAAGGAUGCCAGGGGCAAGCUGGAAGGGCUGGAGGAUGCCCUGAAGAAGGCCAAACAGGACAUGAUCAGGCAGCAGAAGAACUACCAGGAGGCUUUGAAUGUCAAGUUGGUCCUUGAUACCGAGAUUGCCACCUAUGAGGAGCUGCUGGAGGGAGAGGAGGACAGAUUGAAUGGUGAAGGUGUUGGACCAGUCAACAUCUGUAAGUACUCUGCUUGCCAGCCUCCCCUCUCCUUCACAGCUGUGGUGCAGUCCACCAUGUCCAGCGGCUAUGGCAGCAGCUUAGGCCUGGGAGGAGGCAGCAGCUACUCCUAUGGCAGUAGCCAUGGCCUUGGAGGUGUCUUCAGUGCUGACAGUGAAAGAGGCAACAGUGGUGUCCCCAUCUCCUCCGGUGGCAGCUCUUCUACCAUCAAAUACACCUCCACCUCCUCCAGCAAGAAGAGCUACAGGCACUGA